AUGAUAUUGAUGAAGAUGAUUUUAUUGACAUUCUGUUUCUAUUUGACACUAAAAUUGAAUCACAUUAGUGGACAACUAAAUGAACACACCAAUGUACAACAGAAUCAAACUAUCUCACAUAUUGUUUUUGAUGCAAAUGAAACUAAUCCGAUUGCCAAGAACAAUCAAUCGGAAAUGGAUGUUAUGAAUCUAGUGCAAAAUCAAUUGAAUUCAUCAUUAACAAACGAAAUUCCGAUGCCCAAUUUAUCAGUGACCACAUCGAAUGAUCACAUGUACGAUCAAAAUGUAAACGAAUCAAAUGUGAAAUAUGGAGGCGAAGAACAAGAAACGAAAUCAGAUACUGACAAUGAAAAGAAAAGGAAGUCACAACAAACACAACUUAUCAUAGAUUUCAGUGGAACAAAUGAGAAACGAUUAGCGUUACAAAGACAAAUAUCGGAAGGAGAUGACAGAAAAUCAUCGAUAGUACAAAAUCAAGAGCAGCGUGCAAUAUCGAAAACAGAAAGAAAUAUCAGUGAAUUUCAAGUAGAGCAAGGACAAGAUAUAGAAGAAAAAUUGUUCAAAGAAAAACAACUAAAAAGUACAACGGAAAAUCUAGACGACGAAGUUACGGAGCAUAGAUUCACAAAGCGAAACAAUAUUAAAACAACACUAAAAAAUAUAUUAUACUCAAAAAUAAAUACUGCAUCACCAACAUCACAACCAGUUACCGAUGUCGCGCAACUCACAACAGAACAAUUACUCGACAACGCACAAGUCAUGCCCAACAUCACAUCCAUCAUCAACACUGAGACUACACUCACCACUGCACAAUCCACACAACCAACAUCUGCAUCUCCAACAUCACAACCAGUUACCGAUGUCGCGCAACUCACAACAGAACAAUUACUCGACAACGCACAAGUCGUGCCCAACACCACCACCAUCAUCAACACUGAGACUACACUCAACACUGCACAAUCCACACAACCAACAUCUGCAUCACCAACAUCACAACCAGUUACCGAUGUGGCGCAACUCACAACAGAACAAUUACUCGACAACGCACAAGUCAUGCCCAACAUCUCCACCAUCAUCAACACUGAGACUACACUCACCACUGCACAAUCCACACAACCAACAUCUGCAUCUCCAACAUCACAACCAGUUACCGAUGUCGCGCAACUCACAACAGAACAAUUACUCGACAACGCACAAGUCGUGCCCAACAUCACCACCAUCAUCAACACUGAGACUACACUCACCACUGCACAAUCCACACAACCAACAUCUGCAUCUCCAACAUCACAACCAGUUAUCGAUGUGGCGCAACUCACAACAGAACAAUUACUCGACAACGCACAAGUCGUGCCCAACAUCAACACCAUCAUCAACACUGAGACUACACUCAACACUGCACAAUCCACACAACCAACAUCUGCAUCUCCAACAUCACAACCAGUUACCGAUGUGGCGCAACUCACAACAGAACAAUUACUCGACAACGCACAAGUCGUGCCCAACACCAACACCAUCAUCAACACUGAGACUACACUCAACACUGCACAAUCCACACAACCAACAUCCGCAUCUCCAACAUCACAACCAGUUACCGAUGUGGCGCAACUCACAACAGAACAAUUACUCGACAACGCACAAGUCGUGCCCAACAUCACCUCCAUCAUCAACACUGAGACUACACUCAACACUGCACAAUCCACACAACCAACAUCUGCAUCUCCAACAUCACAACCAGUUACCGAUGUGGCGCAACUCACAACAGAACAAUUACUCGACAACGCACAAGUCGUGCCCAACAUCACCACCAUCAUCAACACUGAGACUACACUCACCACUGCACAAUCCACACAACCAACAUCUGCAUCUCCAACAUCACAACCAGUUACCGAUGUGGCGCAACUCACAACAGAACAAUUACUCGACAACGCACAAGUCGUGCCCAACAUCACCACCAUCAUCAACACUGAGACUACACUCACCACUGCACAAUCCACACAACCAACAUCUGCAUCUCCAACAUCACAACCAGUUACCGAUGUCGCGCAACUCACAACAGAACAAUUACUCGACAACGCACAAGUCGUGCCCAACACCACCACCAUCAUCAACACUGAGACUACACUCACCACUGCACAAUCCACACAACCAACAUCUGCAUCUCCAACAUCACAACCAGUUACCGAUGUGGCGCAACUCACAACAGAACAAUUACUCGACAACGCACAAGUCGUGCCCAACAUCACCACCAUCAUCAACACUGAGACUACACUCACCACUGCACAAUCCACACAACCAACAUCUGCAUCACCAACAUCACAACCAGUUACCGAUGUCGCUCAAUUCACAACAGAUCAAUUACUCGACAACGCACAAGUCGUGCCCAACACCACCACCAUCAUCAACACUGAGACUACACUCAACACUGCACAAUCCACACAACCAACAUCUGCAUCACCAACAUCACAACCAGUUACCGAUGUGGCGCAACUCACAACAGAACAGUUACUCGACAACGCACAAGUCGUGCCCAACAUCACCUCCAUCAUCAACACUGAGACUACACUCAACACUGCACAAUCCACACAACCAACAUCUGCAUCUCCAACAUCACAACCAGUUACCGAUGUCGCGCAACUCACAACAGAACAAUUACUCGACAACGCACAAGUCGUGCCCAACAUCACCACCAUCAUCAACACUGAGACUACACUCAACACUGCACAAUCCACACAACCAACAUCUGCAUCACCAACAUCACAACCAGUUACCGAUGUGGCGCAACUCACAACAGAACAAUUACUCGACAACGCACAAGUCGUGCCCAACAUCACCACCAUCAUCAACACUGAGACUACACUCAACACUGCACAAUCCACACAACCAACAUCUGCAUCUCCAACAUCACAACCAGUUACCGAUGUGGCGCAACUCACAACAGAACAAUUACUCGACAACGCACAAGUCGUGCCCAACAUCACCACCAUCAUCAACACUGAGACUACACUCACCACUGCACAAUCCACACAACCAACAUCUGCAUCUCCAACAUCACAACCAGUUACCGAUGUGGCGCAACUCACAACAGAACAAUUACUCGACAACGCACAAGUCGUGCCCAACAUCACCACCAUCAUGAACACUGAGACUACACUCAACACUGCACAAUCCACACAACCAACAUCUGCACCUCCAACAUCACAACCAGUUACCGAUGUGGCGCAACUCACAACAGAACAAUUACUCGACAACGCACAAGUCGUGCCCAACAUCACCACCAUCAUCAACACUGAGACUACACUCAACACUGCACAAUCCACACAACCAACAUCUGCAUCACCAACAUCACAACCAGUUACCGAUGUGGCGCAACUCACAACAGAACAAUUACUCGACAACGCACAAGUCGUGCCCAACAUCACCACCAUCAUCAACACUGAGACUACACUCACCACUGCACAAUCCACACAACCAACAUCUGCAUCUCCAACAUCACAACCAGUUACCGAUGUCGCGCAACUCACAACAGAACAAUUACUCGACAACGCACAAGUCAUGCCCAACAUCUCCACCAUCAUCAACACUGAGACUACACUCACCACUGCACAAUCCACACAACCAACAUCUGCAUCUCCAACAUCACAACCAGUUACCGAUGUCGCGCAACUCACAACAGAACAAUUACUCGACAACGCACAAGUCAUGCCCAACAUCACCUCCAUCAUCAACACUGAGACUACACUCACCACUGCACAAUCCACACAACCAACAUCUGCAUCACCAACAUCACAACCAGUUACCGAUGUGGCGCAACUCACAACAGAACAAUUACUCGACAACGCACAAGUCGUGCCCAACACCACCACCAUCAUCAACACUGAGACUACACUCAACACUGCACAAUCCACACAACCAACAUCUGCAUCUCCAACAUCACAACCAGUUACCGAUGUGGCGCAACUCACAACAGAACAAUUACUCGACAACGCACAAGUCAUGCCCAACAUCACAUCCAUCAUCAACACUGAGACUACACUCAACACUGCACAAUCCACACAACCAACAUCUGCAUCUCCAACAUCACAACCAGUUACCGAUGUGGCGCAACUCACAACAGAACAAUUACUCGACAACGCACAAGUCGUGCCCAACAUCACCACCAUCAUCAACACUGAGACUACACUCAACACUGCACAAUCCACACAACCAACAUCUGCAUCUCCAACAUCACAACCAGUUACCGAUGUGGCGCAACUCACAACAGAACAAUUACUCGACAACGCACAAGUCGUGCCCAACAUCACCACCAUCAUCAACACUGAGACUACACUCACCACUGCACAAUCCACACAACCAACAUCUGCAUCACCAACAUCACAACCAGUUACCGAUGUGGCGCAACUCACAACAGAACAAUUACUCGACAACGCACAAGUCAUGCCCAACAUCACCACCAUCAUCAACACUGAGACUACACUCACCACUGCACAAUCCACACAACCAACAUCUGCACCUCCAACAUCACAACCAGUUACCGAUGUGGCGCAACUCACAACAGAACAAUUACUCGACAACGCACAAGUCGUGCCCAACAUCACCACCAUCAUCAACACUGAGACUACACUCAACACUGCACAAUCCACACAACCAACAUCUGCAUCUCCAACAUCACAACCAGGUACCGAUGUGGCGCAACUCACAACAGAACAAUUACUCGACAACGCACAAGUCGUGCCCAACAUCACCACCAUCAUCAACACUGAGACUACACUCACCACUGCACAAUCCACACAACCAACAUCUGCAUCACCAACAUCACAACCAGUUACCGAUGUCGCGCAACUCACAACAGAACAAUUACUCGACAACGCACAAGUCAUGCCCAACAUCACAUCCAUCAUCAACACUGAGACUACACUCACCACUGCACAAUCCACACAACCAACAUCUGCAUCUCCAACAUCACAACCAGUUACCGAUGUGGCGCAACUCACAACAGAACAAUUACUCGACAACGCACAAGUCAUGCCCAACAUCACCUCCAUCAUCAACACUGAGACUACACUCACCACUGCACAAUCCACACAACCAACAUCUGCAUCACCAACAUCACAACCAGUUACCGAUGUGGCGCAACUCACAACAGAACAAUUACUCGACAACGCACAAGUCGUGCCCAACAUCACCACCAUCAUCAACACUGAGACUACACUCAACACUGCACAAUCCACACAACCAACAUCUGCAUCACCAACAUCACAACCAGUUACCGAUGUCGCGCAACUCACAACAGAACAAUUACUCGACAACGCACAAGUCAUGCCCAACAUCACAUCCAUCAUCAACACUGAGACUACACUCAACACUGCACAAUCCACACAACCAACAUCUGCAUCUCCAACAUCACAACCAGUUACCGAUGUCGCGCAACUCACAACAGAACAAUUACUCGACAACGCACAAGUCGUGCCCAACAUCACCACUAUCAUCAACACUGAGACUACACUCAACACUGCACAAUCCACACAACCAACAUCUGCAUCUCCAACAUCACAACCAGUUACCGAUGUGGCGCAACUCACAACAGAACAAUUACUCGACAACGCACAAGUCAUGCCCAACAUCACAUCCAUCAUCAACACUGAGACUACACUCAACACUGCACAAUCCACACAACCAACAUCUGCAUCUCCAACAUCACAACCAGUUACCGAUGUGGCGCAACUCACAACAGAACAAUUACUCGACAACGCACAAGUCGUGCCCAACAUCACCACCAUCAUCAACACUGAGACUACACUCAACACUGCACAAUCCACACAACCAACAUCUGCAUCACCAACAUCACAACCAGUUACCGAUGUGGCGCAACUCACAACAGAACAAUUACUCGACAACGCACAAGUCGUGCCCAACAUCACCACCAUCAUCAACACUGAGACUACACUCAACACUGCACAAUCCACACAACCAACAUCUGCAUCUCCAACAUCACAACCAGUUACCGAUGUGGCGCAACUCACAACAGAACAAUUACUCGACAACGCACAAGUCAUGCCCAACAUCACAUCCAUCAUCAACACUGAGACUACACUCAACACUGCACAAUCCACACAACCAACAUCUGCAUCACCAACAUCACAACCAGUUACCGAUGUGGCGCAACUCACAACAGAACAAUUACUCGACAACGCACAAGUCGUGCCCAACAUCACCACCAUCAUCAACACUGAGACUACACUCACCACUGCACAAUCCACACAACCAACAUCUGCAUCACCAACAUCACAACCAGUUACCGAUGUGGCGCAACUCACAACAGAACAAUUACUCGACAACGCACAAGUCAUGCCCAACAUCACAUCCAUCAUCAACACUGAGACUACACUCACCACUGCACAAUCCACACAACCAACAUCUGCAUCACCAACAUCACAACCAGUUACCGAUGUCGCGCAACUCACAACAGAACAAUUACUCGACAACGCACAAGUCGUGCCCAACAUCACCACCAUCAUCAACACUGAGACUACACUCAACACUGCACAAUCCACACAACCAACAUCUGCAUCUCCAACAUCACAACCAGUUACCGAUGUGGCGCAACUCACAACAGAACAAUUACUCGACAACGCACAAGUCAUGCCCAACAUCACAUCCAUCAUCAACACUGAGACUACACUCAACACUGCACAAUCCACACAACCAACAUCUGCAUCUCCAACAUCACAACCAGUUACCGAUGUGGCGCAACUCACAACAGAACAAUUACUCGACAACGCACAAGUCGUGCCCAACAUCACCACCAUCAUCAACACUGAGACUACACUCAACACUGCACAAUCCACACAACCAACAUCUGCAUCUCCAACAUCACAACCAGUUACCGAUGUGGCGCAACUCACAACAGAACAAUUACUCGACAACGCACAAGUCAUGCCCAACAUCACAUCCAUCAUCAACACUGAGACUACACUCAACACUGCACAAUCCACACAACCAACAUCUGCAUCUCCAACAUCACAACCAGUUACCGAUGUGGCGCAACUCACAACAGAACAAUUACUCGACAACGCACAAGUCGUGCCCAACAUCACCACCAUCAUCAACACUGAGACUACACUCACCACUGCACAAUCCACACAACCAACAUCUGCAUCUCCAACAUCACAACCAGUUACCGAUGUCGCGCAACUCACAACAGAACAAUUACUCGACAACGCACAAGUCGUGCCCAACAUCACCACCAUCAUCAACACUGAGACUACACUCAACACUGCACAAUCCACACAACCAACAUCUGCAUCACCAACAUCACAACCAGUUACCGAUGUGGCGCAACUCACAACAGAACAAUUACUCGACAACGCACAAGUCGUGCCCAACAUCACCACCAUCAUCAACACUGAGACUACACUCAACACUGCACAAUCCACACAACCAACAUCUGCACCUCCAACAUCACAACCAGUUACCGAUGUGGCGCAACUCACAACAGAACAAUUACUCGACAACGCACAAGUCGUGCCCAACAUCACCACCAUCAUCAACACUGAGACUACACUCAACACUGCACAAUCCACACAACCAACAUCUGCAUCACCAACAUCACAACCAGUUACCGAUGUGGCGCAACUCACAACAGAACAAUUACUCGACAACGCACAAGUCGUGCCCAACAUCACCACCAUCAUCAACACUGAGACUACACUCACCACUGCACAAUCCACACAACCAACAUCUGCAUCACCAACAUCACAACCAGUUACCGAUGUCGCGCAACUCACAACAGAACAAUUACUCGACAACGCACAAGUCAUGCCCAACACCACCACCAUCAUCAACACUGAGACUACACUCACCACUGCACAAUCCACACAACCAACAUCUGCAUCUCCAACAUCACAACCAGUUACCGAUGUCGCGCAACUCACAACAGAACAAUUACUCGACAACGCACAAGUCAUGCCCAACAUCACCUCCAUCAUCAACACUGAGACUACACUCACCACUGCACAAUCCACACAACCAACAUCUGCAUCACCAACAUCACAACCAGUUACCGAUGUCGCGCAACUCACAACAGAACAAUUACUCGACAACGCACAAGUCGUGCCCAACAUCACCACCAUCAUCAACACUGAGACUACACUCAACACUGCACAAUCCACACAACCAACAUCUGCAUCUCCAACAUCACAACCAGUUACCGAUGUGGCGCAACUCACAACAGAACAAUUACUCGACAACGCACAAGUCGUGCCCAACAUCACCACCAUCAUCAACACUGAGACUACACUCACCACUGCACAAUCCACACAACCAACAUCUGCAUCACCAACAUCACAACCAGUUACCGAUGUCGCGCAACUCACAACAGAACAAUUACUCGACAACGCACAAGUCGUGCCCAACAUCACCACCAUCAUCAACACUGAGACUACACUCACCACUGCACAAUCCACACAACCAACAUCUGCAUCUCCAACAUCACAACCAGUUACCGAUGUCGCGCAACUCACAACAGAACAAUUACUCGACAACGCACAAGUCGUGCCCAACAUCACCACCAUCAUCAACACUGAGACUACACUCAACACUGCACAAUCCACACAACCAACAUCUGCAUCACCAACAUCACAACCAGUUACCGAUAUCGCUCAAUUCACAACAGAUCAAUUACUCGACAACGCACAAGUCGUGCCCAACACCACCACCAUCAUCAACACUGAGACUACACUCAACACUGCACAAUCCACACAACCAACAUCUGCAUCUCCAACAUCACAACCAGUUACCGAUAUGGCGCAACUCACAACAGAACAAUUACUCGACAACGCACAAGUCGUGCGCAACAUCACCACCGUCAUCAACACUGAGACUACACUCACCACUGCCCAAUCCAUUGAAGCAUUUACAACUUAUAUUUCAUCUGGCAGAUUUCUCGAUAUCUCUCAUUUGGAAAUUAAUUUUAAUGCUUCGUUAACUCGUGCAUGA